UAGAAGGAAGUAGCAAGUUAGCAACAAGCCCCGUAUCCAGCAGAUAUCCAGAUCUCUCUUGCGACUAUAAUUCGGGUAGAACAAAUUGAGGAAAAAUAGAAAUUAAACAACAUGUUCUUAAAACUUGUGUACGUUACAUUGGUACUCGCAUUGGUGAGUGCAACAACAGCUCCAGACGUAGUUGAAUGUGCUGCACUUGAAUGUGACGCAUGUGUUGGUGACUGUCAAUGGAUGAACUGCACAUUUACAGCAACUCCAGAUGUCUCCUGUGUCAACGUCACCGUAAACAGUCAGAACAUGAGCAUAGGCGCCUGCUCCAAUGAAACCUGCUCAGUGCAGUCUUUUACUUCAAGUUCAGCCAAACCCCCUACCCCCAUCACGGCUGCUAUCCCUACCCUCACCCCUACGGUCAGCAAUGUCACUAACAGCUCUACCACUGAGUCCACCACAGCUAACCUGACCACUGCAGUACCAACCGCCCUGCCCACUAACGGCACCGUCCCAGUCUCUGACACAACGACUGCUUCAAACAGCACUGCGUCACCAGUGGGGCCCUCUCCUGCACCUCAUAAGAAUGCAACGUUUGACGCAGCAAGCUUCAUUGGGGGCAUCGUGCUGGUCCUGGGCCUCCAGGCUGUGCUCUUCUUCCUCUACAAGUUCUGCAAGUCCAAGGACCGCAACUACCACACCCUCUGAAGGACCCACACCAACACCUACUCUGGCCCCCCACCCCUCCCAGGCCAGCUGGAACCUCCUAAUAUCAACCCCCUAACCCCUGGCCAUUGUGAUUCUCUCAAACAGUGUUUCUCCCACAAUCCCCACUCCUCAUUGCAUUGUGCUAGCAACCUGUGGUUUAGGCCUGUAGCCUGAAUACACACAUGGGCUGUAAACUAAACACACAACAGAAGGCUGCUGAGGAGAAGAC